AUGGAGCUGUGCUACCGCUGGCGAGUUCUGUGCACCUUCUGGAGUUGUUUAGAAGUGGCUUGCUUCGCGGGGAUUAUAUACGGAUGGGGAUCCUUGGUCUACAUCCUGAAAGAUGAAGGUUUUUAUCAUGAUCUAUGCAGAGGUUCCCCUCACUACGGCGCCAUGUUGUCAGAAGCUGUCAACAAUGUAUCCGCCUCUGAUAUCGCCAAUCAAUCGAUACCUGUGUCAAACGGAACGAUACCGUGCAAAGAGCAGGAGGAGAAAUUAAACCUUUGGUUCGCCAUUGCCAUCGGAGUCAUGUACUGUGGACUAGCAGUUGUGGGACAGUUAUCCAUGCGAUUAGGAACUCGGAUUACUAGAAUUAUAUCCACGUCCGUCUAUACCAUUGGGUUUCUGUGCAUCGCAUUUGCAAGCAAAGAAGUUCCUUGGCUUCUGCUGCCCGGUCUCUCGUGUAUAUCCAUUGGAGGGGCGGCUGUUUUCUGUACAACAAUACAGGUAGCCACUUUGUUUUCAACAAUUCAGACAACUAUAGUGGCGUUGUUCUCGGGCCUGUUUGACGUCUCUACAAUCACACAGCACUUCAUCAAGGUGGCUUAUGAGAAUGGUAUUUCACGAAGGGAUUCCUAUCUAUUUUUCCUUGGCUUGAGUGUUAUAAUUUUCAACGUUCAAACGUUUGUAUUUUUACCGAAAGACCAUAUAAAUCAGGAUGCAAAACUAUCUCAGGAAAACGGAAAGUCCACUGCCAAUGAGAAGGAAAUUAACAACACCCUUCUGGAAAGAGAGAAAGAUUAUGAUCAUGAAUUCACCAUCGAUGAAGAUAACUUAAAACCCGAUGAUAGCGUGAAAACUCACGUCCUCUCAGUUGGAUACAUAUCUCAUUGCAUCUGGAUGUCGAUCAGUGUUCUUCUAUUUGUAUCCUUUAUCGGACUGCUGAACACAUGGCUGUCAAAGAUGACUACAGAUUCAUCGACAGUGAGUUCCUACCUCAAUGUGUUUGCCUAUACAACUCUAUCCACCUCCGUCACGGCUGUUUUGGCGGGCUUUGUGUAUGACUGGCAACGGAGUCGCUCUAGAGGAAUCCCCAUUCCAGGACGUCAUUUCCGUCCUAUAUGUUUCCCAAUGGCGAUUUGUUGGAUUUUCGGGACUCUCUGUUAUCUUUUACCACUGGUGUUCGAUUCGUUUUAUGUGGUACUUCCGGUUUUCAUUAUAUUCACGUUUUAUCGUUCCUUCCUUUUUGCGAUUGGAAUCGCAUUCCUGGGCGAAGCAUUUCCUAUGAAAUAUUUUGGAGUCCUUUACGGCACCAUGAUGUUCUGCGUGGGAACGAGCAGUUUGUUACAAUAUGCCUUUUUUGCUUGGAGUAAACUUCACGAGAGAGGCUUUACACAUGUUAACAUCUGUCUCCUUGUUCUGGCCGUGUUGACUUGUUAUCAACCGAUUUUGCUGUGGAUCAGAAGUGGAAAGAGUAAAUCUGCUACGAAAAAUGACAUCAACAAUAUGGAAAUCAUCAUAAAACCACCGAAGAGUUAAGAAUGACCGGUGAAGACAUCGAAUUGUUAAUACAUUGCACGCUGACAGUGUAGUCUGGUGAUGUCACCGAGGUACACGAUGUGUGUUUGACAUUAGCAUGCACCGGUCUGCUUCUCAGCUGAGCAAUCUCUGGAGAAUCGAGCUAACUUUAUUUACAUAGGGUUGUUUAUUGAGAUGGAAAUGCUACGGUAACCUUAAAGCAAAGUGUGAUAUUCUGUCCCCAAAUACUCAGGUAUUACAAAUUAACUUUCACAGUGGUUUCUUACAUAUGUAUAUGGCUCGUGGGUUCAAGGUAACAUCGUGAUUUAGAGAGGGAUAUUAUACAUGUGGGUUUAUUGUAUAUUGGUGAAUAUCGGCCGUGUUGGGUUUGAAAAAUUCGUGAACUUGUGAGCGAAUUUUCACAUCCAACGAGUAUUGAUGUUCACCGAUAUACGUUCAAUAACUCCUAUUUUAUACAGUUAAUUGCUAUCAUUUAUAUGUAUUUCAUUUUUUUUUAUGGUGAUAAUUUUUUGGGAGGGUGGGUGUCAAGUAAGGGACUGAAGCAUUAUUAACACUGAUAAUAUUGCGUGCAUUAUUCACUGUCAUGCACGUUUUCAACGCUAGUGAAAUGUUUCCAAUUGUGAAUAAUAUUCGCUGUCCUUCAGGAGGUAUGCUACAUCAGGGAAAUUUGAUAUGAAUGAAAAGUGAAGAAUAUGUACAACAAUAUUUUGAAAUUGAAAAUUUUCAAAUUUACUUUAUUUAGUCAAAAAAAUAGUUUUAGUUGAAAGCAAUCUGAGAAAAAUUUAAAACCCCUGCUGGACUCGAACACGCGAUCUACAGUUCAGCAGUCGACGUGCUAACCUACCGAACUACUCAGCUAGGCGAGAUUUUUUUUUAAUGAAUAGACAAAUACUGCUGAUAUUAUAUUUUCCACCAUGUUUUAGAAGAAAGUCAGCCAUUAUAACGAUGUAGAGUACCUCCUUAACUGCAUAUCAGGUUUGAAAUAUUACAAGAAAUAAUUCAUACUUAAUAGAUAAAAUAUUGAAGCUUACCAAACGAUAGCUGGUCCACCAGAUCUUUGCGUGAAGUAACGUUUUUGGUGGGUUUUUUUUUGUUUUGUUUUGGUGUUUUGUUUUAAUUUGAUGUUUUGGGCACUGAUUCUGUUACUUUGUACUGAAUGAAAAUGAGAGGUUGUGUUCAAUAACGGCUCAGGUAUUGCACGCUAAAAUUCUUUAAAGUUUAGGAACAUUUUGUCGCUAACAAAUUGUCCUUUAUAUAAUGAUGAUCAUAGAUUUCCUCCGAUGGUAUUUCAGAAAGUGUCCAACUCUACACGAUAUCUUGUAUGCAACGAUAUAUAAAAUACUGUAUACCCCGGUAUAAUAAUCGUAGUAAAAUACAUCCAUAUACUACAGAAUUUUAUAAAUAAUCAUGGGCAGGCUCUUUAAAACAAUAUUAGCUCUAAAUAUGAAAAAUUCAUUUUGUUGUAAAAAUAUGCUUUUAUGAUUGUUUUUAUGUAACUUUAAAUAGUGGUAUCGAUAAAAUAAGAAUAAGUUUAAGAUUUCAUCAAAAUAAAGAUUUCGGUUCUAUUGAAUAUAGAGCAUUAUAUAGAAAUCAAUUUGUGUACGGGAAGACAAUAAUGUAAUCUUGCUUAUUUCAGAGCUUCUGGAUAGGAUUUUGAACACAAAUAUCCGUAACAAAAGUUUAUAUACCGUAUUUUGUUUUCUGUCAUUGCAAUAGUAAAUCCCAAUUUUAUAACAAAAACUUUCGACACCAAAAUGACAGCUAAUAUUGCUUUUUAAAAGGAUAAAAGACCCAUUGUCCGUGCUGCCCCAGUCUUCGCUGAACAGCUACUUCUCUGCAAAAAAGCUUUGAUCAGAUGGAAGUCAGUUCUGUAAUUUGUGGUAGUAAUUAAGGGAUAUGUACGUGGAUGACGAAGUCAACAUAAUUUCAUUUAUUUCUUAAAACAUCCUCAGAAGGAUGCCAGACAGAAUGAAAAUUGAGACUGUGAAGGGUUUAAUUUAAACAAUAUUUAUUCAAUAAAUUGAUGGGAUUGGGCAGUAGGCUUAGCCGAUAUGAAUCCUCUCCCUGAUGAUCAAACAGGGUAUGUACAUGUACAAAGUUCUAUAACAUUUGUAAUUGAUUUGGGGUCUACACGUAUUUUAACUUCAUCUACUGUGAAGCAUAUAAGAGUUUUUGUACGAAGAUCUGCCAGAUGUGAUUCAGCUGUCCGAACGCUUCAUUUAUCCGGACAGUUUUGGAUGGAAUUGAAGUAUCCGGAUUAACGAAGCCCGUAUGUCGACGUACAAUGUAUAUAAGGAUAAGUGGAUUAUAUAAAUAUUGGAAAUAUGGGCUAACUACUCCAUGUUUUCGAUUUUCAUAUAUCCCUUAUGUUUAUUACUGACAGUGAAUUGUAAAUAGUUUUUAUCGUAUACUAUUAUGAAUAUACAUGUACAUAUCAUGUUGUGCCAAAUCCCAUAUGUUAUUUUUAGUUCAUUAUUAAGCAGAGACUAUGGAAUAUUUUUUUAUGAAUAUUUUGUUCUUAUUUGUGAUCCUUUUCUUGUUACUCUUUUAUCACAUUAAAUAUUAAAUCUCAAGAAAUGAU